AUGAGCAAUCAGUACCAAGAGGAGAGCUGCUCUGAGAGGCCUGAAUGCAAAAGUAAAUCUCCAACUUUGCUCUCCUCCUACUGCAUAGACAGCAUCCUGGGCAGGCGGAGUCCCUGUAAAAUGAGAUUGCUAGGAGCUGCUCAGAGCCUGCCUUCUCUGUCUAACCGGACAGAUCAGGAUAAGGUCGCGCAAGGCUCCCCAAAGGGCAGUAGCCCCCAGUUCGAAGCAGAACUCCACCUGCCCCCCAAGCUGAGGCGCCUCUACGGUCCAGGAGGAGGCCGCCUCCUGCAAGGAGCUGCGGCGGCGGCGGCGGCGGCAGCAGCUGCGGCAGCUGCUGCGGCAGCCGCGACGGGCCCGCGCGGGGAGCCCCAACAGCAGCGGUCUGGAGACAGGCCCGACGGGGCUGGAGCUGGAGUUGGGGCCACCUCCGCCUGGGACACGCUCAAAAUCAGCCAAGCGCCACAGGUCAGCAUCAGCCGAAGCAAGUCGUAUAGGGAGAACGGGGCCCCUUUCGUGCCGCCGCCGCCCGCCCUGGACGAGCUUGGGAGCAAAGGGGGCGCCCCGCACCCUGACGACAGGCUGGGUCAAGUAGCUUCGGCCGCCGCCGCUACCUCGGGUCCCCCAGGCCCCGAGGACGACGACGAGGAGCUGCUGGAGGACGAGGAGGAGGACGACGAAGAAGAAGAGUUGCUGGAGGACGACGAAGAGGAGCUCCUGGAAGACGACGGCAGGGGCCUCCUGAAGGAGCCCAGGCGCUGCACUGCAGCCACCGCUGCUGCAGCUGCUGCAGCUGCCGCCGCCGCCGCCGCUGCCGCCGCCGCCGCCGCCGCCGCGGAGGGCGGGGAGCUGUCCCCCAAAGAGGAGCUGCUACUGCACCCUGGUGAGGACGGAGAGGGCAAGGACGGCGAGGACAGUGUGUGCCUAUCGGCGGGCAGCGACUCGGAAGAGGGCCUGCUCAAGAGGAAGCAGCGGCGUUACCGCACUACCUUCACCAGCUAUCAACUGGAGGAACUGGAGCGGGCUUUCCAAAAAACUCAUUACCCCGACGUCUUCACCAG